GCACGUCAUUGCAUUUCUCAGAAAUCGGUAUUUGUGAAGAAGACGCUGUUUAUUGUGUUUCAGAGUUGUAGUUAUAUAUAUAUGUAGACGUCAUUCCUCUUACAAUCAACUUCAUGGCGGAAACUGGAUUCGAAGGAAAACAGUCUAUUGGUGACAUAAUGUACGAAGGACUUCGAGUAGUACGCGGUCCCGAUUGGUCCAGAGGAGAAAGUGAUGGAGGUGAAGGUCACGUGGGUACUGUUGUGUCACGAGAGGGCGCUGAUCGUGUUGACGUCAUAUGGGACGGUGGUCAGAGAACGACGUGCAGAGCUGGGAAAGAUGGCAAACAUGAUCUGAGAAUCCUGGACACUGGAAGCAUAGGAAUACGUCACAGGGGCUUCACGUGUGUUGGCUGUGACACAAAAGACUUCCUCGGCAUGAGAUGGACGUGCAGCCAGUGCAAGAGUGACACGUUGUGUCUUCCGUGUUACUCCGCGGAUAAACAUAACACUAGUCACGUGUUCUUGCGUCACGAUAUGCCUGGGGAUUCGGGUGUUGAAGUAAAGAAAAGGACUACCUGUCUGAAAGUGCGCUCCCUCGGACUCUACCCCGGGGCACGGGUUGUGAGGGGAGAGGAUUGGAAAUGGGGGCUACAAGAUGGCGGUAGUGGAAACAAGGGUACGAUCACUGAGAUACAUGACGAGCCGAGGGCAGGGACGACACGCAGCACAGUGAGGGUGAAGUGGGACGUGGGUCCCUCCAAUCUGUACCGGGUGGGGCAUGAGGGCAAGGUGGACGUCAAGUACGUAGAAGAGGCCCCGGGGCUGUUCUACUACAGGGAUAACAUGCCUGUCCUUGAUGUGAUGGGCCCGCAGCGUCCACAACCUGCUGCCAGCGCUGAGAUUGUCGUUGGGUGUAAAGUGUGUAUACAGUUGGACCAGGAUGAGAUGAAACGCGUUCAGGCGGACAAGGGCGGUUGGACAGCAAGUAUGGCGGAGUGUGUCGGGAAAUUCGGUACCGUUAGAGAAAUACCAUGCGAUGGCGUCGCUUCUGUUGAAUUUGAAAACAGUAGAUACAGACUGGCAACUGAAGCACUCACAAAGGUCUAUGACCAUAACGUCAACGACGUGGUCCGUGUUGUCAGUGACAAGAAGAAGGUACAGUUGCUUCAAGACGGACACGGGGAGUGGAACGCCAAAAUGGAAGAGUCCUUGGGUAAAGUAGGCCGGGUGAAGAGAGUGGAUAGCGAUGGUGAUGUGGUGGUUCUGUUUGGGUCGAGGAAGUGGAUCUUCAACCCCGCCUGUUGUGUCCCUGCCCCUGGGGAGAACGUGGACGACGGUGACGGUGGUGCGGGGGAUGCAGUAUUAGGAUUAGAUGCAGUUCCGGCCCUUGGACAGAUGCUAGACGGAUUACUUGGAAAUCUGACCAGGCUUGUUGGAGGGGACGUAUCAAUUGCCAUGGGUGGCAUGACUGGAGCCAUUGUGAAGGGGGACCUUGAUGCGGUUAAGGCUAUGGUUCAGACCAAACCGGAGAUGCUGUCGGAAGCAUCUGGAAUGCAGAGGUUGACGCCACUGAUGAUAGCAUGCCACGAGGGCCAAGUACAGAUAGCCCGCUUCUUGCUGGAGAGUGGAGCUGACCUUGACACUAAGGGCCACAUGGGAAUCACCCCUCUCUCGGCAGCCUUGGUCGGGAAGAAGGAAGCCAUUGUGACUAUGCUGAUCGAAAGGGGCGCCAAUAUUCAUCACAGACACCAGAACGGACAGACAACUCUCCAUCUGGCAGUACAUAACAAUCUCCCUCACGUCCUCAAAAUGCUGGUAGAGAAAGGUGUGGACGUCAAUGUAACGGAUAAGGCCGGCGACACCCCUCUCCAUGACGCCAUCUUUAUCAAGAACCACGAAUGUGCGGAGGUGCUGAUCGAAUGUCCAAGAACCGAUCUCCAGAAGUUUAACGAGCAGAACUUCAACCCACUGCAGUGGGCAUGUCUCAAAGACGCUGUACCUUCCGUAGAAAAAAUCCUGGAGAGAGACACGUCAUUUGUAAAUGAUCUGAUGUUCAACGACACCUUCUCUGCUCUCCACAUCGCAGCCGCAAACGACCACGUGGAAUGUGGCAGACUGCUCCUUGACAAGGGCAAAGCGGAGGUUAACAGGAAGGGACGACAGGGUCUCAGUCCUCUGCAUAUUGCUGUCAGCCAACCUUACUACAGGGCAGCGGAACUCCUUCUCCAGAAAGGUGCUGAUCCCAAUUUUGAAAAUCAGAUGGGCGACAGGCCGCUACACGUGAUGUGUGUGCAUGCGUCCCAGAAGGGUGCCAUAUCGUCAAGUGAGGCUGAGAAGUUCUUCAGAGUUGGGCAGCUGCUUCUUCAGAACGGUGCUGCGUACAAGGCCAAAAACGCACUCGGAAUUGCCGCCCUUGAUCUGUGUAAUAACGGAGGUGUCAAAAAAGCAAUCCAGAAAUACAUCGACCAGCAUCAAGACUCACUGAACACCACCACCACCAGCUCAGCUCACAGCGUGGCACACGGGUUAGGUGGGCUGAAUCUGUUGGACAUCCCGACGCCCUGCAGCAAGUGCUUCCUACGUCCGUCAGAUGCCAAGUUCGUCCCAUGCGCACACAAAGUCAUGUGCAAAUCGUGCGCUGAUGACUGUUCCAAGUGCCCUGUAUGUGAUACACCCGUACAGACAGCGCGGAGAGUCACACAAGAUGAUAACGAUUCCCCUGGGGUGCAGUGUAAGAUGCAGUAGACGUCGAGCGUGACUUCUUCUGACGACGUCGACGUCGACCGUGUCGUCUUCUGGCGUCGUCCCGACAGGAUGUACAUCAGCACUCAACAAUAGCAUUGAAUGUCCCCGCACAUGUACAAGCAACUUUUUACUUUACGUUCCUUCAACGCACCUCAGGACAGUGUACGCUGGUCAAAUACAAA